GAAGAGCAUGUGACAAAGGGGCUCAAACACAAAGUUGAGGGUUCAGACACAAGAAUUUGAGUCAGCUUGAAGACGAGUGUGCCUGUUUCUACAGUUUAACACUGCAGCCAGUUGCCUGAAAUUGAGGUGCAAGCCACAACUCAAUAAAACUAGUGUUGGAAGAACUGCCAUGAUGAAUCAGACCACCGGUUACGUGGAAAUUGCUGCCAUUUACAAUGAUAGUAUCAUCCUUGGGAAUGGCAGCAUGGGCAUCCUGAUCAUUCCCAAACCCAUGAACACAGCCAUUAAUAUUUUGACCUUGAUCAUCCUCUUCAUCACCAUGAUUUCCCUCGGCUGCACGAUGGAGAUCUCCAAAAUUAAGGCCCAUCUUCUCAAGCCAAAAGGGGUAGCCAUUGCUUUGCUGGCCCAGUUCUGCGUAAUGCCCCUGACUGCUUUCUCUUUGACCAAAAUCCUCCGGAUGGAUCCAAUUAAGGCUGUAACUGUACUCAUCUGUGGCUGCUGUCCAGGAGGAAGCUUAUCAAACAUUUUUUCUCUCUUAGUAAAAGGUGACAUGAAUCUCAGUAUCGUCAUGACAACUUGCUCCAGCAUCGCUGCUUUGGUUCUCAUGCCUCUGCUGCUGUACAUCUUCAGCCAGGGCUUCACUGGUCUGAAAGAUGCUGUUCCUUAUGUCGGCAUCAUCACUGCUCUUGUUUUUACCCUGUUGCCUUGUGCUAUCGGCAUUUUCAUCAACCACUACAAACCAAAUUACUCUGCAACUGUAACAAAUGUUGGUCUCAGCAUCCUGAUAAUAUCCAGCAUCAUAGUUUCUGUCCUUUCUGGUCUCGCUGUGAAGGAUGUAAUAUGGAUGAUCCUCAUGCCAGACGUCCUCGCUGUGACUGCACUGAUGCCUCUGAUUGGUUUUAUAAUGGGAUAUAUCAUGUCGGUCAUUUGCAGACUCAGCCCACAAUGCAGCAGAACCAUCUCCAUGGAGACAGGGUGUCAAAACAUCCAGCUGUGCACCACCCUUCUUAAGGUGGCCUUUUCUCCACAGUCCAUUGGACCCUUGUUUUUAUUCCCCUUGUUGUACAUCACGUUCCAGUGUGCAGAGGCCCUCCUUCUGGCAUUGUGCUUCAAAUGUUACCAAAGAGUCACGGCACCACAUGGAGAUCCAAACAAAUGGGAGAAUGUCGAUGCCAUAAAAGAAGAGGUGAAACAAUGAUCUACAAAGAGACCAAUGCACUCUUGGAGAAACUACUUAAAAAGCUGUGCCAUUAUUCAGAGCUGUGACAUUGACUGAAAGUCUGCCAAAGCCUUGGCAGUCAAAAAUACCUGCUGUCACAGCCAGCAGUUCCUGUAGUUCCACAAAUGUUGAAUUUUUUUUAGCUUUAUAAGCAACAAUUGUGUUUGAGAAACACUCUCAGAUUACGUUAAUUUCAAUAAGCUUUAUUAUCCUGAAAAGGGAUUAUUCCAUUUCAUUGUAUUAUUGCAAAACAUAUUUCUAACUGUGAGAGAGGAAUGCUGGGCUAAUCAUAAAACUAACUUUAACACUGA